UUUUUUUUUGGGUGAUCGCUUGCUUUGCUAGCCCUAUCGUUCUGGUCUCUCGAGGCGAGGUAUUUCAGUUCACGACUUCGCGUCCCUUUUUUGCAGGGAUCCGAACAAUGAAGUCUGCCAAAGGGAAGGGGGCAUUGAAGAAGGACACAAAGGAAGCUUUAAAGGCUGUUGACGACAGAAAGCUUGGUAAGCGGAAGGCUGCUGCAAAGACAGACAAGGGUAGCAAUAGACCGGCCAAGAAGGAGAAAGCUGCCGCGAAAGACCCUAACAAACCAAAGAGGCCACCAAGUGCUUUCUUUGUCUUUCUAGAGGAUUUCCGAAAGACUUACAAGCAAGAGCAUCCAAAUGUGAAGGCUGUCUCAGCUGUUGGGAAAGCUGGCGGUGAGAAGUGGAAAUCAAUGUCUGCUGCUGAGAAAGCUACUUAUGAAGCCAAAGCUGCAAAAAGGAAGUCAGAGUACGAAAAGACUAUGGCAGCAUACAACAAGAAACAGGAAAGUAUGGCUGAUGAUGGUGAUGAGGAGUCUGACAGGUCAAGAUCUGAAGUGCACGAUGAUGAUGAGGAAGAAAGUGCAGAGGAGGAGGAAGAUGAGGAUGAAGAUGACGAUUGAUAUUGGCAUGCUGGUAGUGCUUGCGCGUUAUUAUUGAUCCAGGAUUUUGAUUCUGGAUUUUGUAUGAUCACACUGUUAUGUAUGAUUGUCAUUUCCAAU